AUGCUUGCAGCUGCACUAGCAGUUCGCAGAGCCCCUGAAGAUGGGGUAAAUGCCACCAAACGAGCCUUGCGACAUUGCCUUUUGUAUGUCGUGAUCGCCCGAGCUGUACCACACCGGCCGGCGAUAAGUCUUUGUUUCCGGGGACGACUAUUUCGGAUUUUUGGCCGAGGCCGGCCACGAGCUGAAGGCAGAAGCGCGAUUGAUUUUUCUUGUUGGGAAAACCUUGUGAUAACUGCAUCGACAAAACUGAUCAGUUGCAGUCCAUUGUUUGGCGGAGCAACCAUGGCACAAAUUUCAGACCCAGCAGGUGGCCAACCAACCGAGCAGUCGCCCCUUCUCAGCAAUGUGCCAGUUAUCAGUGAGACGCCGCCAAACUCUGAGGCGUUUCCAAUCAAUGAGAAUGGGAGUGUUGUGAAGAAGGUCGGCGUGGAUGAAGAAAGUGUGCGCAGCGGGGAGAUUGCGACUGGCAUCUCGAGAACACAGGUGGCUCGCAUCAUUUCAGUCCUGUUCAUCGGCAUCUUUGUUGCUCACUGCGACGGCUCCAUCCUGCUGGCCACGCACUCCAACAUUGCCUCCGAGUUCAACGACUUGGGCAACUCGACAUGGCUGAUCACCGGUUUUGCCAUCGCCGGCGCGGCAACGCAGACACUCUAUGGAAAGUUGAGUGAUAUCUACGGCAGAAAGACGCUCGUCACUUUUGCCUAUGCCAUUUUCGUUUUUGGUUGGGGCAUCGGCCAGACAAUGGGCCAGGUCAUUCUUGGCCGAGUCAUUUCAGGGGCUGGCGCCUCUGGCAUGGCUUCGCUGGUGUCAAUCUUGAUCACUGAUCUCCUUCCCAUUCGAGAGGUCGCUCAAUGGCGCGCCUACGUCAAUCUAGUGGCUACAUUUGGUCGAUCUAUCGGCGGUCCUCUCGGCGGCUGGCUCGUGGAUGUAAUCGGAUGGCGCUGGUCUUUCUUCGGGCAAGUCCCCAUCAUCCUGGGCGCCAUCAUCCUCGUUGCAAUCUAUCUGCCGAGCCACACUGAGCCAACCUCGGAUUCUGUCUCGACCAGCAGUGCCGAGGCCGAAAUCCGCAAAUCCAAGUUCAGCCGGAUCGACUUCAAGGGGUCCUUCAUCUUCGCCUUUAUGAUCCUCGCCCUACUCACACCCAUCGAGCUAGGCGGUGUCAAGCUACCCUGGUCAUCUCCCAUCACGAUUAGUCUCAUCAGCUUCAGCUUUGUGCUCAUUGCUGUUUUUGUUGCAGUCGAAAAACGCCAAGAGGAGCCGAUCCUGCCACUGGAGAUCUUUCAUCAGCGGGAUGCCGUUAUUUCCUACCUGAUUUUGGGACUUCAAACAGCCGCCCAGCUUGGACUCAUGUUCUCCGUCCCCCUCUACUUCCAAAUCACCUCCCGCUCCUCCGCCUCCUCAGCCGGUGCCCACCUGGUCCCAGCCGUAGCAGGAAACGCCAUCGGCGGCGUCCUCUCCGGCAUCCUCAUCAAACGCUCCGGCCGCUACAAGGCCCUCAUCAUCCUCGCCGUCACCUUCUCCUCCCUCUCCUACCUCCUCCUCAUGCUCCGCUGGCACGGCAACACCAACGUCUGGGAAUCCCUCUACAUCUUUCCCAGCGGCUUCGGAACCGGCAUCGCCCAGUCAGCCGUGUUCAUCUCCCUUCAAGCCGUCGUCGACCCCGCCCACGCGGCACCUUCGAUCUCGUUCAUGUAUCUCUCUAGCACCAUCGCUUUGACAAUGGGACUUUCAGUGUCGAAUGCGGUUAUGAAGGCUGCUCUGAGAAGGACUCUGUUCAAUAGGCUUGUCGGACUUGGGUUUGGGGCGAUGGAGAUUGCAAAGGUUAUUGCUGAGACGGUGUCAGAUGUGGAUUAUGUUGAUAGGGCGACGGGGGUGGUGCAAAAGGCGGUUGUUGAGAGCUAUGUGGACGGGUUGUGGUGGAGUCACGGGGUGUCGUUUUUCUUUUCUGCGUCGGCGUCUGUGUUGGCGUUGUUUAUUAAGCAGAGGAGGCUUGAUGGGACGGCAUGA